AUGUUCUCGCAGGUGGAAGUGGACGAGAACGGGAGGAUCAUCGACGCCCGUUUCAAAACCUUUGGCUGCGGGUCAGCGAUUGCGUCGAGUUCAUUGGCGACGGAGUGGGUCAAAGGGAAAACGGUUGACGAAGCGUUGCAAAUCAAGAACACGGAUAUCGCUAAAGAACUCUGCCUUCCUCCAGUCAAACUGCACUGCUCUAUGUUGGCUGAAGACGCGAUCAAGGCUGCCUUGGCUGAUUACAAGUUGAAGCAGGAUCCAAACAAGGAAGAGUCAGAGAAGAAAGCAAACAAUGCCUAA